CUAGAUUUCUCGCGGUCGAGCAGACUCGAGCUGUCGUGAGUGGCGCCAAGCAGGGCGAAAUUGGUUGAGCUGCGCACUUCGUCGGCCGCGCACACACGAACUUCAACUCCUCCACCAUGUUCAUGGCAAAGAGCGAGUACGACCGGGGCGUGAACACCUUCAGCCCCGAGGGCCGCCUCUUCCAGGUGGAGUACGCGAUCCAGGCCGUCAAGCUCGGCUCGACGGCGGUCGGAAUUAGGACCGCGGAGGGCGUGGUCCUCGCCGUCGAGAAGCGGCUCACGUCGCCGCUGCUGAACGCGGACUCGGUCGAGAAGAUCAUGGAGGUCGACUCUCACGUCGGCGCCGCCAUGAGCGGUCUGAUCGCCGACGCGCGGACGCUCGUGGACCACGCGCGCGUCGAGGCGCAGAACCACCGCUUCACGUACGACGAGCCGAUGCAGACGCGCGCGCUGACGCAGGCGGUCUGCGACCUCGCGCUCUCGUUCGGCGAGGACGGCGAGGGCGAGGGGACCAAAAUGUCGCGACCGUUCGGCGUGGCGCUGCUCGUGGCGGGCUACGACGCCGUCGACGGGCCGCAGCUCUACUACGCGGAUCCGUCGGGCACGUUCGCCGAGUACAAGGCCAAGGCCAUGGGCUCUGGCGGCGAGGGCGCGCAGUCGAACUUGCAGGAGGCCUACAGCGAGGCCCUGACGCUCGCGGAGGCCGAGGGCCUCGCGCUCGCCACGCUCAAGCAGGUCAUGGAGGACAAGCUGACCGACGACAACGUCGACGUCGCGCGCGUCACCGAGGCCGGCUUCCACCUGUACACGAAGGAUGAGAUCGCGGCAGCCAGCGCCCGGCUCGCGGCGGCGGCCUAGAGCUACCGGGCUAGGUGACUGUACAGGUUCAAGUUCUACUACUAGAAGUACUAGCGCCGGCUGGGUAUCCUAGCCGCUCUACCUAGCCGCGCACGCAGGGAGAAGGCUGUAGAGGCUUGGUGUAUGUCCUUUUUCCUUUGGGAUAUUCCUUCCUUAAUUACUGGCCCGAGCCUUUGAAGAAGGCAGCCGCCGCGAAAAA